GAGCUGUAACCUGCAGAGGAGAAAGGAGCAGUGGCUGAGCAACAUCUGCACCUUGGAGGAGAAGAGGUCUGUCUCGGAACAGGAAUAUAUCCAAUUGGCGAGCAGCUUCCGUAGGAGCAAAACCGAGCAGCUACACCUGCAGAGGGACGAGGUUUCCAGGCGCCAGCAGCUAGAAGCGGAGAGAGAGGCGGCGGUGCGAGCAGCGGCCGAAGCUGACAGUCAGCUGCAGCAGACCGGCCGGCAACUGGGAUCCGUGCAGAGAGAGCUGUGUGAGAAAGACGCCGCGUUUGCCACAGUUCGGGGAAGAGCGGAGAAAGUGCAAAGGGAGCUGUCAGAAGCAAGAUGGGAGAUCCAGCACCUCCUCACUGCAAACCGAGCUGGAACAGGCACCGGUGAACAACUGCUAUUGAAAGCCAGCCGCCUGCAAGCAGCUAUUCAAUCGCCGAGAGAGGGGUUCUUUCAACAAGAAUUGUGUGGACUGAAAAUUCAGGGGAGCUGUGGCGAAGAAGAGAGGCAGAAAUUGACUCAACGCCAAGCACAGAGUGGAGCUGCUCGCUGUUUAUUGCCAUGGACUCAGCGAGGGGGCAGCCGUGACUCCGUAACCAUACGCGCGUGCACACCAUUACUGGAUGCCUUAAUGUUGGAACACUGCUACCCAUUCCCGCAAAUCCCGAGUCUUUCAGUGACUGCCUCCAGCUUUUGUGUCGUCUCCAGUGAAGAACACCAAAAACAAAUGACUUCAGCAACUGAUGAGCUGUUCAACAGCGAUUCGAGGUGCAGGUUAAACUCAGAUGGCAUCCAGAUCGAUGCGGAGUUUGCAGCAUCGGGACUGAGCGGAGAGCUCGUGACGGAGGCAUCUGCUGAUGAGAGAGUCGACCACAACGAACUGCUUCCGACCAGUGAAGAGCGUGAUCACCACCAGCUGAGUGCAGAUCCUGUUGCUACCUUGGACAGCUCCACAAUGUCCGGGUCCGCUCUCCCCGAUACUUGCUCCAUACAGACCGAUAAGAACCCGGAACAACAUGAAGUCUCAACAGCACCCAGUGAAGGUGGCGAAAGCAGUGCCAGUGUGGGCGACGUGAUUAAAGCUGGCUCCGUGGAUGGUCCACUGCCUCCAGCGGGUUGUCAACCGGGCACUGAAUCAUCUGCCACCAACUGCAACCAACCAGUAAAAGUAAAAACUAAUUUGGAGGCUACCCGAGGAUCUGUGGCUGUGGAUGAGAUGAGCUCAUGUGGUGAAAAGGUAGAUCCUAUCAGAGCGACAGGAAAGCAGCAUAUUGGAGACUUGUUGAGGAAGAGCAACUCUCAGAGUGCCCUCGCAACUGAACAGGACGUGGAGGCCGAGUUUCUCCGCUUCUCGCUGGGCUUCAAGUGCGAUAUGUUCACCCUGGAUAAGAGGCUGCGUCUGGAGGAACGAUCCCGGGACCUGGCGGAAUUGAAUCUGAAGAAGGAGAUUGAGAAAUGUCAGCAAGCUUUGCAGACGGUGAGGCCCCUGUGUGAAGAGGAGCAGUCGGUGGAGAUCUUCGAGAAGCUUGAGAAAAGUCUCGGCAUCCUCACCCAGACCAUCACGAGGGUAGUGAGCCGUGCGGAAAUGUUGGGAGCCAUUCACCAGGAGACGCGGGUGAACAAGGCGGUGGAGGUAAUGAUCCGCUACGUUGAGAACCUGAAGCGGAUGUACGUGAAGGAACACUCAGAGCUGGAGGAGAUGAAGCAAGUGCUGCUCCACAACGGAAACUCACUUCGAGAUCACCCAGAUGAACCCAGGAACAAGAGGUUCCCCAGCCAGACAUACGGCAAAGGUCCCUUGCGAAGAGUGAGCAUCGCCGCGAUCCCGAGAAGCAGCGGCGGAGUGCAGUUUAAUGCGUUGGGGGAGAUUGAAAUCAGAAGAAAGUCUGAAGGAGACCAGGACAAGUUGCGGAGCAAGUUCACCAGGAAGAUAAGCAAUUGGACAUUUUUAGGGCCAAAGCCACAUGAUGCCUCCAGGUCCCGGCCUUCACUUCAUCAGUUUAUCAGCACCUGUACCUGGGGAAAAAAGGGCAGUCAGCUGUUCAAUAAAGGCCCCACGGCAGAGCUGGAUGUUCAGGAGGAUGAAGAGAAAUCAGAGGCAACAGAACCCAUCUUGACAGAACCAGAGAGAGAUGAUCUGAUCGUUCCAUCGUGUACAGUAAACAAAGGGCUUUGGCCCCAGCUAGCCGAAUUGUGGGACUUCUUUUCCAAAAGCAACAAGGGUGCGUGGCUGCCAGUCAUACUACUCUUCUCACUCAGCAUUUUGGGCAGUUUUCUCAUCGGCUGGUCUUUGCACACAUCUGUUGAUGCUGCCGCUGCCGCUGCCGUGGAGCCCGGAGACAGCUGGAAAGCUAUUCAACAAUUCCUCUGGCCUUACUCAGGACUUCAGCACAAUGGACAGCCUCCAGUGUGACCAAUGACCAGCAAGGCACACGGACAUUUACUCUGCAUCCCGUUGACCCUUCACUGAGAAUGGCUCAGCCGACCAGUUGCUUGUUUUAAUUUAAAUUAAAACAAACUCUUUAAAUUUUAAUCUUGACAGAUCAUGUCAAACGAAGCAUUAAGCAUUGGACAACACUCAUUUUUUUAACGGGCGGCUGAAGCGGCCGUAAUCUAGUAAAUGUUUGAUAUUUUUUUAUUAACACCUGCAAUCCUACUCAAUUUUGCCUUAAGGCAAAAUUAGUCAAUGAAACAGGGACAGUAUUUUGGGCGCAGGUGAAGUUCCCAAUUGCUGUAAUUCUUUUUAAACUACGCAAAGCUGAAUGUGAAAAGCAACAAUGUAAAGAUUUAUUUGCAAACCCGAUAUUAUUUUUAAAAGCACUUUUGGAAAGUGUGCACAAUAAAGUCUGUAGUUGACCUUACA